AUGUCUUCCCAACCGUUAUUACCUCAAGAACGACUGCUUUCGUCCUCCAACCCUAAAAGGAGGAUGAUCUUAACGACUAUCCUAGUUCCGUUAUUGUUGAUAGCUGGAAUAGUGUUCGUCUCUAUCAAGGGUGAUGGGAAACCUAAAGAUAACCUUGGUUUGGCCAAAUACUACCUUCAAAGCUCUCCAGUCAUUGAUGGACAUAUCGACUUGCCUGAAUUCGCCAGAGCUUUUUAUGGAAAUGAUAUCACUAAAUUCGAUUUAAAUAAACCUACUAAGGGUCACGUUGAUAUUCCAAGAAUCAGAAAAGGUUCUUUAGGAGCUUUCUUUUGGUCGAUUUUCGUGGAAUGCAGAGAUGACAAUGGAAUAGACUUUUUGAAUCCCACUUUCCAAGUCAGGGAUACUCUCGAACAGAUUGACGUUUCAUUCAAUUUAAUUGAAAAAUACUCUGAUACAUUCGCUUUCGCAUCUACUUCUGAUCAAGUUGAAAUGGUCAUCAAACAAGGUAAAGUAGCUAGUAUGUUUGGUCUCGAAGGAGGUCAUAUGUUAGGCAACUCUCUUGCUGUCCUUCGGAUGUACCAUAAAUUAGGUGUGAGGUAUAUGACCCUCACACAUAGUUGUAAUAACGCUUUUGCCGAUUCUGCUGGUAUCUUUGAAAGUGUAGAAGAAAGAUGGGGUGGUCUUUCUAAAUUCGGUCGAGUUCUCAUACCUGAGAUGAACCGAUUGGGUGUCAUCGUCGACCUAAGUCAUGUUUCCGACAAAACUGCUCUACAAGCACUCUCAAUCACAAGAGCGCCCAUUAUGCUUUCUCAUUCAGCAGCGAGACACUUCAACAACAUGUCUCGCAAUGUACCUGAUGAUAUCUUGGCCAAGAUCGGAAGGGGUAAACAUCAGGUUGACGGAGUAGUCAUGGUCAACUUUUUCCCAGUAUUCGCUUCUGCCAAUCCUGAUGAAGUAGAUGUCGCCUACAUUGCCGAUGAAAUCGAAUAUAUCGUCGGAAAGACCAGUAAACAUCACGUUGGAAUCGGAUCAGAUUUCGAUGGGAUUGAAAGCACACCCAAAGGAUUAGAAGAUGUCUCUAAAUACCCUCACUUGUUCGCUGAACUCCUUAAGAGAGGAUGGACAGAACACGAUUUAUCACUUCUUGCGGGAGGAAAUUUCUUGAGAGUAUUCAAAGGUGUAGAAGAUGUCUCAAAGAAAUUGCAAAGUGAUGGUUGGACUCCAAGUCAAGAGAUUUAUGAUAAGAGGAUAGAUUUGAAACCUAUCGAAUGGGAAUUGUAG